GUAAUAAUAGAGAAUUGGGUAAUAUAAAAGUAGGUAAUAAUAGAAAAGUAGGUAAUAUAGAAACAGGAAAAGUGAGUAAUAUAGAAGUGGAAAAAAGUGAUAAUAAUAAAGAAGUAGAUAAUAUAGAAAUAAGUAAUAAUAGAGAAGUAGAAGCGAAAAAAGUAGACAAUAUAGAAGCAGGAAAGUGGGUUAAUAUAGAAAUGGGAAAAGUGGGUAAUAUAGAAACAGGAGAAGUAGGUAAUAUAGAAACAGGAGAAGUGGGUAAUAUAGAAAUGGGAAAAGUGGGUAAUAUAGAAGUGGGAAAAGUGAAUAAUAUAGAAGUGGAAAAAUGGUAUAGAAUAAGAGAAGUAGAUAAUAUAGAAGUGGAUAAUAUAGAAGUGGGUAAUAAUAGAGAAGUGGGUAAUAUAGAAAUGGGAAAAGUGGAAACAGGAAAAGUGGGUAAUAGAAGUAAAAAAGUGUAUAGUAUAGAAGCGGGAAAAAUGGACAAUAUAGAAAUGGGAGAAGUGGGUAAUAUAGAAACGGAAGAGGUGGUAGGUAAUAAUAGAGAAGUGGGUAAUAUAGAAGUGGGUAAUAUAGAGACGGGAAAAGUGGAUAAAAUAGAAGCGGAAAAGUGGGUUAAUAUAGAAGCAAGAAAAGUGGAUAAUAUAGAAGUGGAAAGGUGGAAAAA